GAUAAAUAACACACAGAAACACAUCACUGUAUUCACAUAUCAUCGAAGUUGGAGUAUUCCCCAAACAAACUCUCCCCCAAUCUCUCUCCCUCUCUCUCUAGCCCUAGCUUUCCCAAUGGCCGCAACCAUGGUCCUCGACCCGAAACCCUACCCCGACCCGACCCACACCUCUCUCUCCUCCCCCGACGACGACGAUCUCUACAGCCGCCUCAAAUCUCUCCAGCGCCAGCUCGAAUUCAUCGAAAUCCAAGAAGAAUACGUCAAGGACGAGCAGAAGAAUCUCAAGCGCGAGCUCCUCAGGGCGCAGGAAGAAGUCAAGAGGAUCCAGUCAGUGCCGCUCGUCAUCGGCCAGUUCAUGGAGAUGAUUGACACUAACAACGGGAUUGUCGGAUCUACUACUGGAUCUAAUUACUAUGUCAGGAUUCUGAGCACGAUUAAUCGGGAGUUGUUGAAGCCGUCGGCUUCGGUUGCGUUGCAUAGGCAUAGUAAUGCGCUUGUGGAUGUGUUGCCUCCAGAAGCGGAUUCGAGUAUCUCGUUGCUUAGUCAGUCGGAGAAACCCGAUGUUUCGUAUACUGAUAUUGGAGGCUGCGACAUUCAGAAGCAGGAAAUUCGUGAGGCUGUGGAAUUACCUUUGACUCAUCAUGAAUUGUACAAACAGAUUGGUAUCGAUCCUCCCCGUGGAGUGUUACUAUAUGGUCCUCCUGGCACUGGUAAAACUAUGCUUGCCAAAGCUGUUGCCAACCAUACUACUGCUGCCUUCAUCAGAGUGGUUGGAUCUGAAUUUGUUCAGAAGUACUUGGGGGAGGGUCCACGAAUGGUCCGUGAUGUUUUCCGUCUUGCUAAAGAAAAUGCUCCUGCAAUUAUUUUUAUUGAUGAGGUAGAUGCCAUUGCCACUGCUAGGUUUGAUGCUCAGACUGGAGCUGAUAGAGAAGUUCAGAGAAUUCUUAUGGAACUUCUGAACCAGAUGGAUGGUUUUGAUCAAACGGUAAAUGUGAAAGUUAUCAUGGCUACUAACCGAGCUGACACAUUGGAUCCCGCCCUUCUCCGUCCUGGACGACUUGACCGAAAGAUAGAGUUUCCUUUACCCGAUAGAAGACAGAAGAGACUUGUUUUCCAGGUUUGCACUGCAAAAAUGAACUUGGGUGACGAAGUUGACUUGGAGGAUUAUGUGUCCCGGCCAGAUAAAAUCAGUGCUGCUGAGAUUGCAGCUAUUUGUCAAGAAGCUGGAAUGCAUGCAGUCCGCAAGAACCGUUAUGUCAUACUCCCUAAGGAUUUCGAGAAGGGCUACAGAACCAAUGUGAAGAAACCUGACACGGACUUUGAUUUUUACAAGUGAUAGAUGUGUCAUUGAAGCUCUAAAUGUCGUAAUACUGCUCACUUUAUAAUGUCAGUUACUUCUUCAGGCUAAUGCUGUAAAGCCAGAAACUUGUUGAACAGUGUAUUCAUAGUGAGUCGUGUAUAUCUUUCGUUCCGAGGUCUGUCACAUCUUGAUAAUCUUUCAUAAGUUGUAUGGACGAGAUUAAGUAUUGUCCGCGACUUAACUAGCCUGUUCUAAUUAUUGUCAUAUUGUUAUGCUGUUGAUUCUAUCUA